CUUUGCAUAAAAAUAUCGGCUAAUCCAACAUAAAAAAUUCUCUAUACAAGAAAUGCUGAGUCCUCCAUGAAAUUUCCAUGACAGUGAAAUCUUAACUUCUGUAUUUUCUAAUAAUAUUCAGGCCUGCAAAUUUAUCAUAUUUAGGCUGUUUUUCUUGUUUUCUUGGUUUGUUCUUUGGUUUUUGCAUCGUCAAAUGCAAGUUCUUCUCGUUCAAUCUGGACUGUCAAUUGUUUAUCAUGAAGCCCGAAACAAUAUAAUGCACUGUUGAUUUUCUUCUAUUAAUAGGAUUUCAACUCCACAGAGUGAGAGUAGAAGGAAGUCAUGAAAGGAAGGAGAUGGGAGGAUUUGCCAUUUGAUUGCUUGAUCUUUGUUUUCUGCAAGUUGGGAUUUGAGGAUCUCACAAUUUCUGUCCCCUUUGUUUGCAAAUCAUGGUAUAAGGCCUCCAUUGAUCCUGACUGCUGGAGAGUUCUUAACUUUAAGGAGUUAGAUUUCUCCACAAAGAGCAAAUUCAUAGCAAGGUUCAAACGACUGUAUCAGUUGCAGAGCUUCUCCUUCUCAUCUUUCUUGAAGCUCUGCAUCACAAAAAGCCAUGGAUCUGUCAUCGAGCUUCGAAUUCCAUCCUUGCUUGGUGCUUCGUUGCAGCAAGAUUUGGUUUUGAUUUCCAUCAAGUGCCCAAAAUUAAAGGUACUUUCUCUACCUACACUUCUAUGGAAUGAUGACAAGCAACUCCCUGAGCUGAUAUGCAAGUGGAAGGAAAUGGAAACAUUAGAAAUGACAUGGAAGCCAAUUUCAUUCCUUCAAAUGCUUGAGCAAAUCAAGCUCUACUGCCCAAACUUCAGUGAGCUUAACCUCUGUGGCUUCUUCAAUGGAAAGGAUGCACAGGCAAUAAUCAGAUGCUUGCCAAAGUUGAAGUGUUUGUUUAUGAGUGCAUCAUUUCUGAGAAAAAAUGAUUUGCUGAUGAUUUUGGAAGGAUGUAAGGAAUUGGAGGAGGUUAAUGUUUCAAGGUGCAGAGGAUUGGAUGUUGAUGAUGCUGUAUUGAAAAAGGCAUCAAAGAUGAAGUUUGAGUUUGAAGGAUGCAAACCAGAAGAAAAUUAUGAGGUGACAGCACAUACGGCAAAAGAGAAUGCAAUGCUGAACAGAUAAAAUAGAUCCGAUGAAGGGCUGUGCAGUUCUGAACGCUAACCAGCACGCAUAUUUUGUGCAUAUCAGCAGUUGAUUGAUUAACUAAAGCGUUUUGUACUUAUUAUUCUCUGCAAAGUGCCGAAUCCAUAACGUUGCAGAUGCUAUUCCGGAAAAAAGCAUGAAGAAUGUUUCAGAGCUGAUGUGCAAAUGCAUGAUGAAAUGAAGAAUAGGAUGCUCUUUAUUUUAAAUCCAUGAAGCUUGUUUUAGAACAUAUAAUAACGUUAAAUAAAUCCAUGAAAGCUUGUUUUGAACCAAACUUUUAAUAUAUUUGAAUGUACAUGUAGUUUUUUUUAAUU